AUAACAAUAUUUUAAGCGCCAAGCUUAUUACUGCUUAUUGCUUAUUACAUAUUGGCAUGUAACCUACGCACAGUUCAUAUCAUUGAUGGUUGAUACCGUUAAUAUUAAAAGAAAUUUGCACACCAUUAGUCACUAAAUGUUAUCAAAUGACAUUAAGCUAGUCAAUCGACUUAAUCCAGCUAUUUUAAAGCUGCUGACAUCACCACUAAAAGAAACACUGCAAUUCUCAGAACUGCAAUGGGUGUUCUUCAAAGCAAGCAUAAUAAAAGUAACUCAUCCGACCUUGACGACUCUGAUAAAGAAAUUGAUGAAGCUGAUUUCAGUAAAUUGUGCAAUAACACUAAUAGGAGUUCACAGUUUACUUUAAUACAAUCAAAUCAAAGUUGCAAUAUGGUUCUAGAUUCAACUGUUUCAUUUCAUCCCUGUCCAGAUGAAAUAUUUAUAUAUGCAUUUAACAAUAUGGAUAUAGCAGACAAAAUUUCUUUAAUUUAUUUAUUGUAUGAUGAUGCUUCCAUUGCAUUGCAAGAUAUGACAUUAAUAGUCAAUGGUUCUCAAAAAAAUAUAAUACAAAACUACAUGCAAUCUCAAUCAUCGACCAAUGCCAAAGAUACAAUUAUUGAAGCUUUAGCUAUAAUCCAAGAUUAUAGUACACUCAAAAUAUUAGGCAUGUCUAAAAACAAUGUUGAAUAUAAGUUUCAUUUGCAAAACAUGUCAAGUAUAUAUGUAAAUCAAAUAAGGAAACAUAUAUAUCUACUACUUGAAAAAUUUGAUUUGACCAGAGCAGAGCAAUUUAUUAACUAUGUUAAUAAUGACAUGUACCAAAGUCAUUCCUUUCAAGUAUACCCAUAUUUAGAAAUGUAUUUCUCAUACUUUGAAACAAUUAAAUUUAUUUCCAAGACAAAUUUUGCAAAUAUCUUGAAAGUUUUAAAAUAUAUGGAAUUAGAUGAAGAAUAUGAUGAAUUGAAACUAAUUAUUAGUCAGACUGAAAAUAGUAAUACAUUUCAAAACAUGAAACUGGAUGAAAUGCCAGUUCCAAAUAAUGCUUCAGAUACAAGUUACAUUUUUGAUCCAGAUCAUCCUGGAAUAUGCUUAAUUUUUGAUAUAGAAUGUUUUUAUACAGAAAUUAAUCCUAUGUAUAAGAAUCUAUUUACACCUCUUUCAGAAAAGUUGAAAGAUAGACAAGGAACUAAGUUUGAUAGUAAUCGAUUGAAAGAAGUAUUUGAGAAUUUUAAUUUCAAAGUGCUGCUGCAAAGAAAUAAAACGCAUGUUGAAAUGAUUAGCAUUAUUCAAGAUACACUGAAUCAAGUUAAAAAAGAAGAUUCAUCUCUUUUUAUCAUAUUUUUAUCGCACGGAAUUAAAGGCAAAGUAUUUGCUUCAAAUAGUAUUCCUCUGGAAAUUGAACAAAUUAAGAAAAAAAUGACGCACUGUCGCAAUUUAAAAGAUAAACCUAAAGUUUUAAUUAUGCAAUCAUGCCAGGGUACUGAAAUUUAUACAGAAAAUCGCACUGAAUCUAAUCUAACUACUGAUGGCCCAUCAAUGGAAUGGGAUGAAAGUCCUGAUGUAUGUGAUAUUUUAGAAAUAUGGUCGACGGUACCAGGCUAUGCAUCAUUUAGAGACAUAAAUAAAGGUACAUGGUUCAUACAAACACUGUGUGAUGUAAUUGAAAAUAAUAAUGAAGAGCACCUAUUGGAUAUGUGCAUAAGGAUGCAAAAUAUAAUUAAAAAUAAGAAAGGAAUGAUUGAAAAUGGGGUAAUUGGAAAAAUGGCUAUAGAAUAUACAGCAACAUUUUCCAAAAAAAUAUAUUUCCCACCAAAGAAGUAAAACCAACUUUAUUAAAAUCUCUUUAUUUAUUGUUUUA